AUGACGAAAUUAAUGAAGAAGCAAGCUACUGCAAAUUACAAGGUUCUGGAUCAAGUCGAAGCUAUUAAAUUGCUUACUCUUGAUUGUUUGAGUGAGGGUGACGAAGUCGAGGCCAACAAAGACGAGAAGAACACUGGUUCUCCAAAGAGGCGUAUUCAGCGUGGUGAGCGCACGUUCGAAAUCUCGUACGCAAGCAAAGCCAGCUCCAUCAUGACCUUCAAGCGCCUCUUCGACAACGACGGUUGCGAACGAUACAUGUCAGACGCCAUCGCUCGUUUCGCUCAAGCUUUCCAGGCUUAA